CUCCAUGUGAGGUGUGGCCUAGAGGCGGUAGGAAUGUGGUCUGGGCUGUGGGGCGUGGCUAUGAUGUCCAAGCGCUCAAGGCACCGGUCCGGUACUGGAACAAGCUGCAACAAGGUUCGUGCUCUGCAGAAGCGCUCAGCACCUGUCCUCUCCCUGGCAUUGCUAAACUAUCGAGAGGCCUCCAAUAGGCGGAAGGCAGAAUCUGCUCAGACCUGGACUGGUGUCUGUUUUCCUUCCGGUAUGAUACGCAUCUCAAGACACUCCCAAGAGGAGAAAUUGUACAUCUGAAAGGUAGAAUUCAUGCCUUGUUCAACUUUGGGUCCUGGAGCAAAGGAAAUGACGAUAAAUGUUGAAAUGAAAAUGUUCACUGGCAGAAUUCCCAACCUGUGAGGCUAAGUUAGGUUCAUAUUCGAGUAGGUUUCUCUUUCAGAUCAUGCAGGACUUCCGGGGUCCUUCAGGUCUUAGAUGAGACCCACUUCUUACAGGACUAGCAUUUAAAAGUGUUUCAGAAGUAUAAAAAGCCCUACAAAUGACUGAUGGUGGCAUGCAGGAAGGGAAAACCCCUUAAUACCGUCUGAGAACACGCUAGCGGUAACUUCACAGUUCUGGGUUCUUAAAAUUAGGAUCAACAUCUCCAUCACCAAGGAAGCCUCCUCGGGGCAUUCCACUAAGACUCAUCAAGCAGCCACAUGCCAGGCACCGUGUCCCUAAGAGAUGCAGCCAUGACAGACAGACACUGUCCCUACCACCGUGGGGCUUCGAUGCUGGGGGGAUGGAGGCAUCAAGUACGUUCAUGAUCCGUUAUUUAAUUCAACAGCAAUACGCCCCAUGACCAAGAAGAGAGUGCUGGGCUCACCAGGUUAUUAGGUCCCUGCAAGUUCUUUGGGAGCUGGUCAGGAUUUCAAGCUAAAGAUGGUGAUGAUGAGCCGCCUGAGGGCCAUUCUUCAGGCCUCCCCAUGCAAGUCACUGUGGAGAGGGAUCCAGAUUCCGAGGUCCAUGCCGGUGAGGCCCUGCAGCCUCUACACCUGCACUUACAAAACCCGGAACCGAGCCUUGCACCCUCUCUGGGAGAGCAUGGACCUGGUCCCAGGGGGUGAGCGCCAGUCACCCAUCAACAUCCGGUGGAGGGACAGUGUCUACGAUCCUGACUUAAAACCGCUUACCAUCUCUUAUGACCCGACUACCUGCCUACACAUCUGGAAUAACGGGUACUCUUUCCUCGUGGAAUUUGAAGAUUCUACAGAUAAAUCAGUGAUCGAGGGAGGACCCCUGGAACACAACUACCGAUUGAAGCAGUUCCAUUUUCACUGGGGGGCCAUUGAUGCCUGGGGCUCCGAGCAUACCGUGGACAGCAAAUGUUACCCAGCAGAGCUGCACUUAGUGCAUUGGAAUGCAGUCAAAUUUGAAAAUUUUGAGGAUGCAGCACUGGAAGAAAAUGGUUUGGCUGUGAUAGGAGUAUUUUUAAAGCUAGGCAAACAUCAUAAAGAGCUCCAGAAACUGGUUGAUACUUUGCCAUCAAUUAAGCAUAAGGACACACUGGUGGAAUUUGGGUCAUUUGACCCUUCCUGCUUGAUGCCCACCUGCCCAGAUUACUGGACCUACUCGGGAUCCCUGACUACCCCACCACUCUCUGAGUCUGUCACCUGGAUCAUUAAGAAGCAGCCUGUAGAGGUUGAUCAUGAUCAGCUUGAGCAAUUUCGGACCCUGCUCUUCACUUCUGAGGGCGAGAAAGAGCAAAGAAUGGUGGACAACUUCCGCCCCCUUCAGCCCCUAAUGAAUCGCACUGUCCGCUCAUCCUUCCAUCACGACUAUGUGCUGAAUAUACAAACAAAACCCAAACCAUCCACCAGCCAAGUGAGCCCCUAAGACACCAUUAUCUAGGUGGUGUCUUGCUUAAAUACAUACUAGCUCUUUAAAAAUUGUUAAUUAGACUCCUCUAAAUGCCUGCAUUUAAUAAUUAUAGAUGUGCCUUUCUUGGUAUGGCAGUGCUCCUUAGUCUUUGAGGGAAGCUCUUUGCUAAACAAAUUCUUACUUUUAUUGAUAAUGAUAUUUACCACUGAAGUACCAGCAAAAGACACAAUUUUCUCUUACAGCAAUCUGUUGGUAAUUGUCAUGUCUUUUUAUGUCUGACAUUUUUGAGCUGUCUUUUUAUGUUCAUCAAUUGCUGGUUCUAUAGAGUUGUAAGUAGGGGUGAUAAUAAAAAUAUUUAACAACUGAUAAGGCACAGACACUGACCAUCCAGAAUGCAGGCUUUUCAGAAACAGCCACAGGGCCAAGAUUGGUACUUCUUGGCUGAACAUUGACAAUGGUUUUAGGUAUAUCUUAUUUUAAAACAUGAAUGUGUAAUCUUUUACAAGGCCUUCUCAAUGGGUAUCUUUGCCUUAAUCUUUAGUUGUCAUUACUAAUAAGUGAUAUGAUUACUUACUUACUAUCAGAUUAUAAUAAUAGAAAAAAUAUUUUGUAAUCCUAAGAAAACAAGGAUUUACUUGUAUCCAGAAAUCCUUUUGCAUUUCUGAAUAUCAGAUAUUUUACUUAAGGGCUUGAUCAUAUAAAAAGCAUAUGCAGAGUAUUUUAAAGCAAAUUAAGUGCCUAGAACUUAAAAUCCUUUUAUGAUCUGUUUACAGAAGUAUUUUUCAAAGACUAAUAAUAAUAAUAGUAUAUAAUAUGGUUUAUAGUAUUAAUUUGCAUUGUUUGUACACUGUUUCAUAGAAUACGAUAAUAUUUUCCACAAUGACAGAACUUUCUUGACUUCUCUUUAAAACUGUUGGAACUUUAUUUCAUUAGUUGAGGUUCCAUGCAAUGCAGGUGAUCAACAUAAAUCUCAUUUCUACAGUGGUUUAGAAGAGUUUUGCUACAGUAAUAGGGAGAGAAACUUGUAAGAUAGGCUAAAAUUUAGAAAAUUUUACACAUUCUGAGGAAUCCAUGCCACUGUUGCCCUUGCUUAUAAGUACUUGGAACAUUUCUAACUGUCUAUAAGCCUGUGUCCAAACUCAAUAUUGCAUUUACUAGUAUAUUUCUUUCAUUAAUAUGCUAGUCAUCUGACCUGCAAGAUAGGGUUGGAUGAAUAUAUUUAACACUACAGAACUAUACACUGGAAAGGGUUAAGAUGGUAAAUUGUUUUUAAUAUGUACUUUACCACAAUUAAAAAUAACUAAUAAAUUCAUUAGAAAAAAUAGGGUUGCAGUGUAUGUGUAAGUUUGGGGGCAUAUCUCUCAUCUUAAAAAAGGGAGGGCAUGAAAACAUUGUUUCUAGAGUGCAUGCCUUCUCUGGAAAAGGAAAGCACAUAUGCCCUAGGAAAUGAAUAAAAUUCUUUAAAAGAUUAAUAUGGGGGAAAAGUUAUGUUAGCUUUAUAUAAUUUAUCUGUUUCAAACCACAGUUAUCUUUAAAAGGUAAACACACAAGAUAUGCAUUUUCCAGGGCACAAAGGCUUCCCUCCCAGGCCUCUUGCAAAUUGUUAGUGCAAAAUUCUAUUGCAGUGAGUCUUCCAAAUUGGAGUGAGAACCAACGCACAGAAUGCCCGACUUGCCCUUAUAUCUUAGAGAUAUAAAGGGUGUAUUCAUAAGGUGUAUCCCGGUUUGCCACUCCUGAUUUACUUACAUCUGGUGUUCUGGUGUAGUUAUUAACAGCACCCGCUUUCACUCCAACCAUGUCCUGGUUUGCCUGAUAAAUUCUUGGUCACCUUCUCUGGAUAGGUUAUGGAAACUGCCUUGGGGAUGUGGUUUCUUCCAUGCCUUAGUCAGAUGACCCCCAACGGGGUGUAAAUUCCCUGGCUACUGAUACACCCUAACGAGAAGCUUUUUAUGUCUUUUAUGCCUGCCAAAGUGUUUUACUUGUACCUUCCUAGACAUGAAGGGGGAAACUGGGCUUGAGGUCUGUCAGAGGGCUUGAGAAAGAAUUUUGUAUUAAAAUUGCUGCUCAUCUUCAUUAAAUAAUAUAAUAAAACCCUUUGUUUGCACUAUUAA